ACCACCACCACCACCACCACCAUCGCCAUCAUAGUCGUGCCGGUGGUGAUUGGUGUUGCUGUUGUUGUUGUUCUGCUAGUGGUGCUGACGAAGUGUUACUGGCAGCGAAGGGAAAAUCCAGAUGUGAGGAUGCGAUUCCAAAGCGUCCCGGCGUCCGCCAGCGAGAGCGUGGUGGUCGAGAACAGCCUGUACGAGACCUUGGACAACACCCGCGGGACCGAGGUGGUCGAGAACAGCCUGUACGAGACCUUGGACAACACCCGCGGGACCGAGGUGGUCGAGAACAGCCUGUACGAGACCUUGGACAACACCCGCGGGACCGAGGUGGUCGAGAACAGCCUGUACGAGACCUUGGACAACACCCGCGGGACCGAGGUGGUCGAGAACAGCCUGUACGAGACCUUGGACAACACCCGCGGGACCGAGGUGGUCGAGAACAGCCUGUACGAGACCUUGGACAACACCCGCGGGACCGAGGUGGUCGAGAACAGCCUGUACGAGACCUUUGAAAACGUGAGGAAGCCGCGGUAAGGGAGAAGGAAAUGGAAGAGGGAGAUGAGGAGCAAGCGUGAAAACAUGGCAGCAAAAGCCUGUCGGUUCAUCACGAGGCUGCCUGCUAUUUUUUUUUCUACGUUGAGGCCUAUUGCGCCGGUAGGCUUCUUCCCGGUGGAUCCUGAUGGUCGGUCCAAGGCUUCUUCCCGGUGGGUCCUGAUGGUCGGCCCAGCCCGUUUUGGCGCAGGCGUGUGUUUAUAGUGGCGCCAUCUUGCAUUGGCUCAUGCUGCCGUCCCGGAGCUCAUCUUUAAUCCUAGAAUCUAGAGUCCGGGUUGAUAGGUGGUCUUCUGGACAGCAUGUGGGUAGUUUUAAGCCACUCGGCGGCGGCUGAAAAAUCCCAGUUUGGUGGCACCGGGCGGGGAUUGACCUCGCGUCCUCCUGAACGCGGGGCCGUCUUGCUAUCCAUUCAGCCACUGCCUACCUUUAGCGACAGUGUUAAUCAGUUCGUCACCACUUGAGUGACCUGCGGCUAUGCGGUGGGCGUGGCGAUGCACCCCCGGUGUAUGUCCCCGAUGAUUGGCUGAUUGGUGCAUCGUUUGAAGAAAGGGGAGGAGGACGAAGAAGAAGAAGAAGAAGAAGAAGAAGAGGAGGAGGAGGAGGAGGAGGAGGAGGGUGAGAUUUAUAACGCGGUUGCCUGCCUUAUUACUGGUUCACAAUGUUAGGCGGGGACUUGAGGGGACACGGAAAAGUUUAUCACGUUUGAACGCGGCCAUGGGGACGUUGAGGCGCUGACGUGUGCUGAGAAUGAUGACGAGAAGAAGAAGAAGAAGAAGAAGAAGAAGAAGACGACAACAACGACGACGACGACGACGACGAAGAAGAAGAAGAAGAAGAAGAAGAAGAAGAAGAAGAAAAGCCUAAGUAGCAACACUGCUGUGUGUUCAGUCUUGUCAGACAAGUGUGGUCAGUACACUCAGUGGGUUCAAAAUCCAUAACGGGCGUAUUAAACAACGGAAGAUGAGGGUUUGGCCGGCAUUAUAACAGCCAAUGAUAUAGUUCAUGAAAUGGCCUGUACUACACAGGGUUGGGUCCGAAUACAUGGACUUGGACUUGGCCUUGGACUUUUGUGCUUGUGCUUGGAGUAUGAAGAAUCAAUUGUACUUGUACUUAGACCCGAAGUAUUUGAAAAGUACCAAGUACAUUCAAAUACAAACAAGUACAUUGUAUUUAAUCAAAAGUUAUACCGUACUGUAUAUAGAUUCUCGUGCAUUUUGGGAUGACACUACUGGGUAAAUACGUACAUUGAGUGUUUAUGAUAUUGCAGUGCAAUAAUAAUAUUGUUAUGGCUCAUUAAUGUGUAUAUACAAAAAGUUCAUAUGUUCAGUCCCUUAUGUCUGCUCCCCUGACUAACUCAAGGCCUUUAUUCUUUUAGCACUUGUCCCCUGCCAUUGUAUCUUUUCAGUUUCCUUCCUGGAGCUACGUCCACAUGUAUCCGUAGCUGUACAGUCACACUCUGUACUGCCUGGGGGUUGGGAUGGCAUGCUCCUCCCUUCCCUUUG